AUGGGGACAAAACAUGAGGGUGGUUUGUUCGAACAUCGAACACGCUAUAUCAUUUUGUUACUUGGGUGGAUUUGCCUAACUUCAAUAUUUUCUAAUACAAUUGCGCUCAAUUUCACAUUUAUAUGUAUGACAAAACCUGCAUCAAAAAAUCAAACAGAAAACGAUGUUGUCGGUUCCGAUCAUUUCACAGGAGAGCUUAAUUAUGAACAAAGUGAAAAAUCAGCAUUGCUUUGGGCCCUCGGUUUUGGCACCUUUAUUGGAGUUUGGCCAUUUAAUUUUUUAUAUCUUCAAUAUGGUGCAAGAUAUGUUUUCUUUGCUGCUGGCUUCCUGUCCGCUUUUUCGACACUUGUGAUACCUCUUACAGCCUACAUGGGUCUUAUAUGGUUUGUUGCCGCUAGAGUUCUUCAGGGAGUAGCAUAUGGUGCUGAUUUUGCAGCAAUUGGAGUAAUAACUGUACGUUGGGCAUCACUGAAGCAAAGUGGUGUAUUUAUUGCUGUGCUAACAAGCUUUAAUAGCCUUUCAACACUUAUCACAAAUCCUAUUUCUGGCUUGCUUUGUGAAUCAUCACUUGGUUGGCCAGCUGUAUAUUAUAUACAUGCAGCAUUUGGCAUAUUUAUAUUUACUGUUUGGAUAUUAUUUUAUCGAGAUCAACCAGAAAUGCACAAAAAUGUUUCAGGAAUUGAGUUAGAAAAAAUUCGUCGAGAAAAAUCUGAAGGAUAUAUCAGUAGUGAAAAAUAUGUCCCAUAUUUGGCUAUAAUAAAAAAUCCAGCAAUAUUGAUUAUUUGGUUCAAUGCAUUUGUGGAAAUUGUUUCUGCUUUAUUUCUGCUCUCGUAUGGACCUACUUAUAUCAAAUAUGUCUUGAAUAUCAGCGUUGAAGGCACAGGAUUUUUGGUUGCUCUCCAGGGAUUAUCUUUCCUACCAUUUCGAAUCGCUGCUGGCUUCAUGAGUGAUCAGAUCAAAUGUAUGAACGAGUAUCAGAAAAUGAUCUUUUUCAACACGCUAUCAUUAGUUGGAGCCGGUGUAUUUUAUUGUAUCCUCGGUUUUAUACCACCUGAAAAGACUUCAUUAUCUGUAUUUGCUAUUGCAGUAACCCAUGCUGUUAUGGCCUUCAAUGUUGGCGGAUUUUAUAAAUGUGGUACCUUUGUGGCUCGACAACAUAGUCAUUUCGUGAUCUCAAAUAUACAAUUCAUCAAAUGUGUUGCAUUGUUUGUAUCACCAUUACUGGUUGCAAUAUUUGUUACCGAUGAUUCGGCACAGGAACAAUGGCGAAUUAUUUUCAUAAUUUUAGCAGUGUCACUACUCGUAGCAAAUUUCGCUUUCUGUUUGAUAGCAACCGAUAAACCGGCCAAAUUUACAACACUUCAACCGGAAAAAAAAAGACAAAAUCUUGCAAUCGCUUCAGUUUCAUGA